AUGGCGCCCACGGCCACGAACAGACUCCUCGCCGAAUCCCGCAGACUGGGCUUGCCACAGAGCCAGACCCGCACCAUGUCCUCAGGUCCCGCAAAGAUCAAGGUCAAGAAUCCCGUCGUGGAACUCGACGGUGAUGAGAUGACUCGGAUCAUCUGGCAAGAUAUCAAGGACAAGUUCAUCUACCCGUACCUGGACAUCGAUUUGAAGUACUACGAUCUGGGCUUGCCUUACAGAGAUGAGACGGACGACCAGGUCACAGUGGAUGCUGCGGAGGCCAUUAAAAAGUAUUCCGUGGGUGUCAAGUGUGCGACCAUCACCCCGGAUGAGGCCAGGGUUGAGGAAUUCCACCUGAAGAAGAUGUGGCUUUCGCCCAACGGCACCAUCCGAAAUAUCCUUGGAGGGACUGUCUUCCGGGAGCCCAUUGUGAUCCCUCGGAUUCCCCGUCUCGUGCCCGGCUGGGAGAAGCCCAUCAUUAUCGGUCGUCACGCGUUUGGAGACCAGUAUCGUGCUAAAGACACAGUCAUUCGCGAAGCAGGCACAUUGGAAAUGGUAUUCACACCAAAAAAUGGCGGCCAAGCAGAGAAGAUCAAGGUCUUCGACUUCCCUGCCACUGGCGGUGUUGCCCAGACACAAUACAACACCGACGAUUCGAUAAGAGGCUUCGCACACGCCAGUUUCAAGUUCGCCCUUGACAGGGGUUAUCCGCUCUACAUGUCGACGAAGAACACCAUUCUGAAGGCCUACGACGGGCGCUUCAAGGACAUCUUCCAGGAGAUCUACGAGAAGGACUACGCAAAGGAGUUCGAGGCCAAGAAGAUCUGGUACGAACACCGUCUGAUUGAUGACAUGGUUGCGCAAAUGAUCAAGAGUAGCGGAGGAUUUGUGAUCGCCAUGAAGAACUAUGAUGGAGACGUGCAGAGUGACAUUGUGGCGCAAGGCUUUGGGUCUCUGGGGUUGAUGACCAGUCAGUUGAUUACUCCCGACGGCUUGACAUUUGAAAGUGAGGCCGCGCACGGAACUGUUACGAGGCACUACAGGGAGCACCAGAAGGGCAGGGAGACCAGCACCAACCCUAUUGCCAGCAUUUUCGCAUGGACCCGGGGAUUAGUCAAGCGUGGUCAACUUGAUGACACACCCGAGCUCGUGACUUGGGCAGAGAACCUGGAAAAGGCAGUCAUUCAGACGGUCAACGAUGACGGCAUCAUGACCAAGGAUCUUGCUCUGGCAUGUGGACGCAAGGACCGGGAAGCGUGGGUCACCACGACUCAGUUUAUGGAGGCGAUUGAGAAACGAUUCAAGAAGAAUUUGGAGUCUGAAGGCCUGGGCAAUGUGGCCAAAGCAUAA